AUGCCGCCACCACCGCCGGAGCCUCUCCCUCACGAUGUCGCCAACGAGGCCGACGACGAGCAGAGCCUCUCUGAAGGCGACUCGGAAAUGGAAGACCGACAGCCGCUGCCGCUGUACGAGGGCGAAGACGUGCGCUUAACAAGCAAGCAGGAGCUGUUCGGCUUCUACAUGUAUGGCUGGGCCGCAGAGGUCUUUGUCGUCUGCGGAAUCGGUUCCUUCAUUCCCGUCACUCUCGAGCAGCUUGCGCGCGAAAACGGCGUCCUCCUCUCGGACCGGUCCACGCCAUGUAAAUCCGCUCUCGAGUCCAGCGCGCCCUCAAUAUGGUCGUCGAAUCCCCCGCGCGGAGCUGGGCAGCAGUGCAUAGUGUAUAUCAUGGGGUUUGAGAUCAACACGGCCAGCUUUGCCAUGUAUACCUUCUCCAUCAGCGUCCUCCUCCAGGCCCUCCUCAUCGUCUCCAUGUCUGGCGCGGCAGACCAUGGCCGCUUCCGUAAAACGCUGCUUCUCUGGUUCGCCUUUGUUGGGUCAAUAGCCACGAUGCUCUUCCUGCCCAUGGUGCCGAAGCUAUACAUCAUGGCGGCCGUGUUGGCUAUCAUAGCGAAUACGUGCUUCGGAGCUUCCUUCGUUCUGCUAAACUCCUUUCUGCCGUUACUCGUUCGACAUCACCCAGAGGUUCAGUUCCCAGAUGGAACACGAGAGUCCUCGCUUUUGGAUGAGGGCGAUUUGGACCGACUGAUUGAUCCCACGUUCCCUGAAGAAGAGCAGUACACCAACCAUGUAAACAGCGGUGAGAGGAGCAACCAUACGGAGGGCAUCCCCAACGAGACCAGCGCUCUUCUCCCCCACCCCACCCUGGAGCAGUCCACCACCACCAUCCCCACCCCGGCCUCCCACGACCUCAUCUCCCUCGAACUUACCCUCAGCACGCAGAUCUCCUCCCAAGGCAUUGCAAUCGGGUACCUGGCCGCCCUCAUCGUGCAAACCCUCUCCAUCCUGAUCGUCCUCAACUUUGGCGCUGCAACCCUUGGUCUCCGCACAGUGCUCUUCCUCAUCGGCGCAUGGUGGUUCGUCUUUUCCCUCCCAACCGCAUUCUGGCUUCGCCCUCGUCCAGGCCCGCCUCUGCACCUCGCCACGUCCUCCUCUCUGUCCCGCUUCAAGCAUGUGCGAGUCUUUUGGGCAUACUUCGCCUACUCCUGGCGCUCCCUCGGCCGCACCCUCACGCACGCAACCCACCUAAAAGACAUCCUCCUUUUCCUCCUCGCCUGGUUCCUCCUCUCCGACAGCAUCGCCACCGUCUCGGGGACCGCCGUCCUGUUCGCGAAAACCACCUUGGGAAUGAGCUACGCCAUGCUCGCGCUCAUCAACGUGAUUGCCACGACGGCCGGCGUCAUCGGCGCGUUCGCGUGGAGCAGAAUAAGCAGGUAUAUGCGCUUAUCCCCGAGCCAGACGAUCCUGGCUUGUAUCGCGCUCUUUGAGCUCAUCCCGCUGUAUGGUCUUCUGGGGUAUAUACCAGCGAUCCGCCGAUGGGGCAGCCUGGGAUUGCAGCAGCAGUGGGAAAUGUACCCCCUGGGUGCCGUGUAUGGCUUCGUGCUCGGGGGUCUGAGUUCCUAUUGUCGGAGCGUGUAUGGCGAGAUGGUGCCUAGGGGGUGGGAAGCCGCGUUCUUCGCCCUGUACGCGAUCACGGAUAAGGGGAGUAGUGUGUUUGGGCCUGCGGUUGUGGGCGCCAUCACCGAUCGGUGGGGGGAGAUUAGGCCGGCAUUCUGGUUUCUAGCCGUCCUCAUCGGGCUGCCCUUCCCCAUCAUGCUGCUCGUAGACGUCGAUCGCGGUAAGGCGGACGGUAUCGCUUUGGUCACUGCCCUGGUAGAGGAGAAUAAGACGGAGCAGGAGCAGGAUGCCGAGGCGGAUCGAGUGGUUGCUGCGAAUCACAUUAAUGGGUUGGAGCGUGGCGAGCAGCAUUUCUGA